AAACAACUCUGCAAAAUGAGUGUUAUUCAAUUUUAUUUUAGUAUCUUAGAAUAACUAGUUUGUGGGUUGCUUUUUUUUAACAGUAAAUGGACGUUUUGGUCCACACCCCAUUCCAGAUGGUGGCGGUAAAGCACCAGAUCAUUUUUUGUGUGUGUGCGCCAACAACCAAUAAAUCUCCAAAAGAAGACCAAGUAAAUCGUGUGGGAUCUCAUAAUGGCUGGCAGCCGACUGGAGAAGUUUGGGUCGGUGUUCACACGAACUCGAGAUGUGAUGCGCUCUGGAGUCACCAGGUCAUCUGACAAAUGCAUUUGGUAUGAUAUAUACAAGACGUUUCCACCCAAGAGGGAUCCAGUUUAUGUUAAGCCACAUUCAAGGACAUUUACAAAGAAAGAAGAUCCUGUUCCUGAUAUCUUUUACAGAGAAGAUGAAAUUAGAGCGAAAUUUUAUGAGGCAUAUGGGACAGGACAAAGAGCAAUCGAUCUCUCCAAAUCAAACUUGACUUCCACAUGUCAAAGAUUUGUGGAGAAGUAUGCUGAGCUGGAGAGCAAAGAAGUCCUGGAUGAGGCGACUUUGUUUGAGGAGACUGGAAAGGCCUUGCUGACAGAGGGUGUGAUGCUGAGGAGAAGAGUGGGCCCUAUGGUGUCCCCAGAGUCCAGGGAUCCAGUACUGGAGUUGAAAUUGACUGACAUGCUGGCAGAACAGCAGUCAGUCAGUUCUGUUGAUAGCCAGAAGUUGGAACUCCCAGCAUAAGAGUCGAACCUCUACAAUUAUCUUAAAAAAUGCAAGCAUGGAAUGAACAGAAUCGUUUUUCUUCCAUUUCCACACAAUGGAUUGUUUGUUUUCUUUUUUUUUAAGUUGAAACUUUUUUUUUAAUCAGGAAACAGCACUUUCCCCCAAUUCGAGAGUUGUUUGUUUUAACGGUAGUUUGUGUUGCAACAUACAUGUAAAACAUCCAUCCAUUAUCCGAACCGCUUAUCCUGCUCUCAGGGUCGCGGGGAUGCUGGAGCCUAUCCCAGCAGUCAUUGGGUGGCAGGCGGGGAGACACCCUGGACAGGUCGCCAGGCCAAGACACACUCACACACACAUUCACACCUAGGGACAAUUUACUAUGGGCAAUUCACCCGGCCUACAUGUCUCUGGACUGUGGGAGGAAACCGGAGCCCCCGGAGGAAACCCACACAGACAUGGGGAGAACAUGCAAACUCCACACAGAAGACGACCUGGGACGGCCCCCCAAGGUUGGACUACCCUGGGGCUCGAACCCAGGAGCUUCUUGUUGUGAGGCGACUGCGCUAACCACUGCACCACCGUGCUGCCCAUGUAAAACAUAACAUGUAAAGUUAUAUAGUUGGAAAGGACCAUUUGCAUUCUUACCUUUCAUAGACUGUCAAGACUUUGUCUUUCCUUGUGAAUCACCCACACAUCAGAUAAAUUUCAGUUACAAAAUACUCUGCAGCAAUUCUUGUUCACUUCCUGGCAAGGGUGAGUGGCUUAAUGUGUUUGUUCUUAUCAUUUUGUUUCAAAUGACAGUGGGGUAUGUUAGGUUUGGAGGAGUUUAUUGAGUUUAUAUUAACAUACAUUAGUUAUAUGUUAUAUAAUGUUUGGACCAGAUUAUUGGAUAAAUUAAGUAUUCUACAAUUACAUUUGUGCUGAAGAGUACAAACUCUUUGUACUUUCGCAUUUAACCUAAAAUAUGAGCCACUCUUUGAAACCCAAAAAUGGUUAACCAAACUCUAAUAAAGGAAAUGACAUACCAACAUAAUUUAUUGAGGAAAAUUAUGUCAUGUGAAUGAUUUUUUAAUUUGAUUAUUGAUGGCAUCUUCUCUUCCAAGUCUCACUUUAGACAAACUGCCACCAGUAGUUGAUAUGACCUUUCAACAUCAGCUUGAAAGUAUUUAAAUCCUUUCCUUUCAAAUCUACUUGAACUAGGAUAUUAGAGGGGGUUCUUCCCAAAAACAAGGCUACAGUUUUUGUCACAAUUCUGAUGUAUUAAGGUCUACACCUUGGCAAUCCUAAAAUAAAUUAAUACUUAAACUAUUGACCUAUAUGUUGACCUGUUUUCCGGGAUUGGGCCAUCUGACCCAGCUUUUCUUAAGCUUCUAAUGAGCGAUGGCUGGGUGCCUUUGACAUUCUCAAAGAAUUUUCUUGUACUUACCAGAAUCAUUUCGUUAGUGUAGUAUUGUCAAAGAUGUCAGACCUUACUGAUCUUGAGGCAGUAAAGGGGACCAUGAUACUGACACUAACAUGUUCUCCUGCUGGAAUGAGGUUCUUGUGCUGAAAUGCAGUGCGUAGUUUUCAGCUAACCAGUGGGGGUUCUAGACAGGUAGUCCUCGGACUGCAGCUCACAUCUCACUUCUGACACCAAUGUAGUGAAUUCGGGGAGCAGCCGGGACGCGAACCCGUGUCUCCCGCACCACGGGCGACUACGUUAACCAGCUGACUAAAGGGUUGGAGCCUUUGGUUUAUCUGAGGUAGUUUUUAACUAGUUUUAACUUGCUGAAAGCCCGUUCAACCCCAGCAACAGUCACAGGCAGUGUGCAGAAAAUCCUGGGGGCUAUACAAGUUUCUCCAAAAAUACUCUGCAGCUGCAUCUUACAGAUGGCAUUAGGGAGCUCAAGAUGGGACAGAGUAUGUGAAAACGCGGCGCCAUAUAUUGUGCUCAGGUGCAGCAUUUCAUUUUCAAAUUCAGCUGUGAGAUCCUUUUCAUAUGUUCUCGUCAGUGCUUGGCAUGUUGUCUUUAUCUUACUAGCCUGGCAUGUUGUCUGAAAUCUUACUAGCCCAUUUGAUAGAUUCAUCAAAUGGGCUAGUAAGAGCUCAGGGAGAAGUCAAGCCCAGUUUACUGACCUUUAUAAUAGGAAGGUGUUCAGAAAGGCUACUUCCCUUCUGGAGUGCCAAGGUCACCCCCUUCAGCCAGAGGUUUAGCUGUUACCUUCAGGUCGUUGGUUGAGGAUGCCCUGUAUUAGGACUAAGAGAUACAAGGCUUCUUUUGUCCCACAACCAUCCAAUUGUUAAACAGUAGAUGGUAUUCAACUGUUGUCUGCAGUUCGCUUGUUUCCUUGGUCUGUAUAUUUGAACUCCUUUGGUUCUCCUUGCCCACUAUGUCCUGUUGUUAAUUCUGCCUUGGUGUUUGUAUGUUUUGUUUUUGUGUGAUAGUUUUAUUAUACUGGCUGCAAACUAAUUUCCCUGUAAGGGACAAUAAAGAUACUUUGACUUUGA